GAUAUGUACGUGAAAACAUGCGAGACCGUAGAAAAUAUAGAAACAUCACAUAACGAUUUCGACGAUAUUUUCGAUGAUGAUGAUACAGUCAAGCCCAUCACUCAUAGUAAAUACAAUCAUAUUUGUAAACCGUGCUUAACAAAAUUGAUUCAUGAUUAUUGUGCCAGUGGCGGAGGAGGUGGGCUUCCUUGCCCUAAUUUCUUAUUGUUAUCCGCUUUGCUUUUCUCAGAAUUCUUCUUCCGUGCAGUAAACUUUGUUUUUAUCUUUUGA